CCUCAAUUUGAAAUCCUGGACUUCAAACCCAUUUGAAGCCUGGUUUGAAGCCCCUUCAGGCCUUCACCUGGUGCUCUUAUAGUUCACGUAACAGUGGACCGUGAUUCCCGGAAGCAUAUAGUCCUAUCCGACGGGUGACUGACGUCCCGACGUCCGGCGGUGUGCCUGGAACCCUGGUUAUGCCUCCAAAUUCACUGCAAUCAUGCAAACAUAUGAAAUCCGUGAAUUCUGAACCCUAAUCAAGUUGCAAGAAUAACAAUGGGCGGGAACGAGUUCAGGUUCUUCUUGUCAUGCGACAUCAAUCUUCCGGUCACUUUCCGAAUUGAACGGCUAGAAGGGAAGCUGUCACCGUCUAAGCUUCCUGGCUCAGAUGAUGUUGAUGCCAUGAGUACAAUUGAUGAUAGGAAGCAUGAGUUAUAUGUAGAGAGCACAUUGUACAUUGAUGGCGCUCCCUUUGGACUGCCCAUGAGAACUAGACUGGAAUCUGGAGGGUCAUCCUACUGCUGGAAUGAGCUUAUCACAUUGAGUACAAAGUAUAGAGACUUAACUGCAAAUUCACAGCUUGGGCUUACUGUUUGGGAUGUUUCAUGUGGAAAGAGUGAGGGAGUUAUUGGCGGGACUACUCUACAUCUUUUUAACAUGAAGAAACAACUGAAAACAGGGAAGCAUAAGCUGAGACUUUGGUCAGGAAAAGAGGCAGAUGGGUCUAUCCAUACGACGACUCCUGGAAAGGUUCCUAAGGAGGAACGCGGGGAAUCAGAGCGCUUGGAAAAACUUGUGAAUAAGUAUGAGCGUGGGCAGAUACAACGAGUUGAUUGGCUGGAUCGCCUUGCUUUCAAAGCCAUGGAGAAAAUCAAGGAACGAGAAAACAAUAAUAACGGGAGUUCUCAUGUAUACCUGAUUGUUGAUUUUUGCAGUUUUGAACACAGAGUUGUUUUCCAGGAGUCUGGAGCAAAUUUCAUAUUGCCAUCUCCUAUAGCUUCAACAAAUGAGUUGGUUACUGUGUAUGACCCAGAAAUUGGAAAGAUAAAUCCAUCAGAACACAAGCAGCUAAAGCUUGCAAGGAGCUUAAAUCGUGGAAUCAUUGACAGGGAUCUUAAACCAAGCUCCACUGAAAGAAAAUCAAUACAGAGGAUAUUAAAAUACCCGCCAACAAGAGCUUUGAGUGGCGAUGAGAGGCAACUCUUGUGGAAAUUUCGGUUUUCAUUAAUGUCUGAGAAGCGUGCUCUGACAAAGUUUCUCCGUUGUGUUGAAUGGAGCGAUGUUCAGGAAGCAAAGCAGGCAUUAGAACUAAUGCAUAAGUGGGAAAUGAUUGAUACCUGUGAUGCAUUGGAGCUUCUCUCUCCUGUUUUUGAAAGUGAAGAGGUGCGUGCCUAUGCUGUUAGUGUUCUUGAAAGAGCUGAUGAUGAAGAGCUUCAGUGUUAUCUUCUCCAACUGGUUCAAGCUCUUCGAUUUGAGCGCUCUGAUAGAUCUCGGCUUUCCCAUUUCCUUGUGCAAUGUUCAUUGCGCAAUAUCGAGCUGGCUAGCUUUCUUCGUUGGUAUGUUGCGGUAGAGCUGCAUGAUCAUGGAUUUGCAAAACGUUUUUAUUGUACCUAUGAACUUUUGGAAGAAAGCAUGUUGAAGUUGGUAGGGAGUGCAAAUGGAGAGGACGAUGGCUUUAAGGUAUGGCACAGCUUGGUGCGGCAGACUGAAUUGACAGCUAAACUAUGUUCAAUAAUGAGAGGUGUGAGAAAUGUCCGUGGUGGGACACAGAAGAAGAUUGAAAAGCUUAGGCAUCUUCUUUCUGGCCUUCUUAGUGAGCUUACUUACUUUGAUGAGCCAAUACGGUCGCCACUCACCCCAUUUGUACUUAUCACUGGGAUCAUUCCAUCAGAGUCGUCAAUAUUCAAAAGCGCGUUGCAUCCACUACGACUAGCAUUUCGAACAGCCAAUGGUGAAUGCUGCAAGAUCAUUUUCAAGAAGGGUGAUGAUCUUCGACAAGACCAAUUGGUUGUUCAACUGGUUUCUCUUAUGGACAGACUGCUCAAAUUGGAAAAUUUGGAUCUGCAUUUGACUCCAUAUCGAGUACUUGCAACUGGACAUGAUGAGGGCAUGAUGGAAUUUGUACCAUCAAAGUCGCUGGCACAGAUUCUCUCUGAACACCGCAGCAUAACAAGCUAUCUGCAAAAGUUCCACCAUGAUGAGGAUGGGCCAUUUGGCAUUACAUCCACGUGUCUUGAAACUUUUAUAAAAAGUUGUGCUGGCUAUUCGGUCAUCACUUACAUACUCGGAAUUGGAGAUAGGCAUCUUGAUAACCUGCUACUUAGAGAUGAUGGGAGACUUUUUCAUGUUGAUUUUGGUUUCAUCUUAGGUAAAGAUCCAAAGCCCUUUCCACCCCCUAUGAAGCUGUGCAAAGAAAUGGUUGAAGCUAUGGGUGGAGCAGAAAGCCAAUACUAUACGAGAUUCAAAUCUUAUUGUUGUGAAGCAUACAAUAUUCUCCGGAAGUCAAGCAACCUUAUAUUGAACUUGUUUCAUCUAAUGGCGGGCUCCAAUAUCCCAGACAUAGCAUCUGAUCCUGAAAAAGGGAUUCUUAAGCUUCAAGAGAAGUUUCGGUUAGAUUUGGACGAUGAAGAGUGCAUACAUUUCUUCCAAGACCUCAUCAAUGAAAGUGUGAGCGCAUUAUUUCCACAGAUGGUCGAAACCAUCCACCGCUGGGCCCAGUAUUGGCGGUAAUGUAUGCAUACGACUUCAACAAGACAAUAUCAGUUAGCCAGUGCUACAGCAGAGGUAAUGUAUGCAUAUGACAUGAUAAUAAUAUGGAGGAAAAUGGUUACAUCUCUGCAAAACCAUCAUGUGAGGUAAACUUCAAUAUAAUUUGAUCAGUGCUGAAAGGUAGUUGUUGAUCGUGUUGUUGAUCUUCAUAGAGAAGCACCUCUCCGGGAAUACUAUGCCCCCUAACAGCUUGUUGGGGGCAUAUUAAUCUUAUUAUUAUUAUCAUCGGAACAGACUUUUUAUAUAUGUAUUUGGCUGAAAUCGAUUUUUCGGAACACUUUUCGUUCAUGAAAAAUCAGUAGGGGGUUGUGACUGUGCAUCAUGAUUUAUAGUAGAAGCUGUAUAUAGUUAAAGGUGAAAUCUUCUUGGUUCUGUGCCAGUGACAUUGACAUGGCUCUGUACAAAAAUAUGUAAACUUUUCCAGAGUUAAUAAUUUCAGUACAUUAAU